AUGAAUAUCUUUUUUUUGUUUGUUAUUUCAAUCGCGGCAGCUGCUAGUAGCGACUCAGUUGAUUUUUCAUACGAUGCCAGUCUGGUAUUGACGGCUGUGCUGGGAAGUGCCGUGGAAGUUAGUGAAUCGGCCAUUGGAAGCAGAGGUUCGUCUGCCAUUGAUGCUAUUCUUAGGUCCUUGUCAGCACUUUCAGAGUCUCAAGACAUUUCCUCGGGUGAUGGUGCAUCGGGCUCCACUGAAGCCGCUGAAGCAAGCGUAACUAAAUCAGAUGCAAGUGAAACAGCCUCUGAUGAAACAGAAGCUACUGAAACAAGCUCUGCCAGAACGAGUUCAACUGGAAGAAGUGGAUCUUCCGCUGCAUCCUCCACUCAAACAGGCCAAUCAUCAGAGACAAACUCGAGUACCUCUGCCUCCAAUGUCGCUGCAACCUUGGGCUGUGGUUCUGUAAUUUCCCUCUUGGUCUUAGCUUUGAUAUGA